AUACGGGCUCUGAGCACGUGGUCUAAAGACGUCCGUCUCUUUCCCGAGAGGCAGUGCGGUUUUUGCAGAGGUCAAGAUGGCCGGGAGGGCGCCUGUUUCAGCUGGCAGUCGUCUGCUUGAGAGAUUUCACAAGUGGUAUUACAAUGCACAAGGAUUCAACAAAUACGGAUUAAGGCGUGAUGAUGUACUAAAUGAAACUGAUGUUGUCAAAGAAGCAAUAAAGAGACUUCCACCAGAUGUAUAUUAUGAGAGAAUAUUUCGCAUCAAGAGAGCAGUCCAAUUGAGUGUGACGCAUGAAAUCCUUCCUAAAGAUCAGUGGACGAAAUAUGAAGAGGAUAAGCCUUAUCUUUGGCCACAUGUGGAAGAAGUCCUUCGUGAAAGACGCGAAAAAGAAGAAUUGAGAGAGAAAUAACUGUCAUUUAUUUGCACAAAUGUUUUCUUUAGAACUUAAAUUGUUUGGGCAGAGACGUUGAACACUUUUGAAUGCUGAGCAAGAAUUCUUUGCUUAGUAAUAUUUGUUCAUCCGGUUCAAAUAAACGUUACCAAAUCUUUUUGGAA